AUGGCAAUGAAGUUGAUUUGUAGUUGUCUUCUGGCACUUGCCCUGCUUGACUGUCUGGCACAUGCUCAAUAUAGCCAACAUCCUCAGCAGCCCCUGCUGCCGCAGCCCCAGACUCCGAAAUAUCCAUCGCCUCAGCAGCCUCAGAGGCCACAGCCUCAGCAGCCUAAGCAGCCGUUGCCGCCUGUUUUUCACACUUGUGAAGUGGCUGAACACGACAAGAUACAAUGUGGGGCUCCAAGCAUCUCUGCUGGAGAGUGUGAGGCUAUAAACUGCUGCUUUGAUGGACGCAUGUGCUAUUAUGGCAAAGCUGUGACUCUUCAGUGCACCAAGGACGCCCAGUUCAUUGUGGUAGUAGCCAGAGAUGCCACCUUACCCAACAUCGACUUGGAAACAAUUAGUUUCCUUGGAGAUGAUCCAAACUGCAGUCCGGUUGGCACCACUUCAGCUUUUGCCAUUUACCAGUUCCCUGUCACUGCCUGCGGCACGAUCAUGACGGAGGAACCUGGUUUUAUAAUCUAUGAGAACAGGAUGUCCUCUGCAUAUGAAGUCGCUAUUGGACCCUUCGGAGCCAUUACCAGGGACAGCAGCUUUGAGUUGCAAGUCCAGUGUAGAUAUAUUGGCACCACAGUUGAGGCUUUGGUCAUUGAGGUUGGCCUUGUUCCUCCACCACCCCCAGUUGCAGCUCCUGGACCCCUGCGUGUGGAGCUCAGACUGGCCAACGGACAGUGUAAUGUGAAGGGCUGUGUGGAAGAGGACGUGGCCUACAGCUCCUUUUACCAGGACUCCGACUACCCCGUCACAAAGGUGCUCAGGGAUCCCGUGUACGUUGAGAUCCGAGUGCUGGAGAGGACUGAUCCAAACCUUGUCUUGACUCUUGGAAGAUGCUGGGCAACUUCUAGCCCCUACCCUCAUAGUCUUCCUCAGUGGGACUUGCUGAUUGAUGGCUGCCCGUACCGCGAUGACCGUUACCUGACCGCACUGGUUCCUGUGGGUCCCUCAUCAGGACUCUUGUACCCAACCCAUCACCGGCGAUUUAUUUUCAAGAUGUUCACAUUUGUAGCUACUGGAAAUGCCAAUACUGCCAAGGGAGGGUUUGCAGAUCCAGAGGUUAUGACUCCUCUCAAGGAAAAGGUGUAUAUCCACUGUGACGUGGCUGUGUGCCAACCUUCUCUUGGAAAUAACUGUGAACCUAGGUGCUUCAGAAAGAGUAAGUAG